UUUUUGAUAAGCGUCUGUUUUCUUUAAGUGAAUAGUGUUCGUUUUUAUAACAUUAAUUUUGUUGUUAGCGAUGUAGGCUCAACUGGUACUGCUAGUGCAGACGUGGUGUCGCUAGUCAGGUGCGUCCUAUGAGAACACAGUUGUAGAGGCCUAUUUGAACAACAGGGCCACUUGAGAAGCCGCUUGCCUUCACUACUCAUUCUUUGUCAAGCCUUAUUUUAAUGCAACUAUGAUGUCUCAGUGGAUUUGUAUGGCUUUCGUCUGGGAAGGAAACUGAGAGGGUUGAUCUUUGACAUGUCAUCUGACCAGAAACAACAUAUGUCUUAGAUGCAAAACUAAAAAGGAAAAAAGUCCAAAGAUUCAGAAUCAAAAUGUCGUCACGAAGGAUUCGCCUGCAGUAUUGUAAAGUUAUCAUCUUAACAUCCAUGGUGUGGGUAAUGGUGGAUGUAUUUGUUCUCAUGUAUUUUACGGACUGCACCAACACCAGUAACAGUUGUAACAGUGGGAAUAAUGGUGCAGCUAAUGGAGGAGGACUUACAAAACAGGACAGUCCAGGCUUCCUCGAUAAAAUAAUACCUAAAGGGUUGCUAACCAAGACACCAACAGGGCCAGGAGAGAUGGGUAAAGCAGUAGUUGUCCCCAAGGACCAAGAGGCACAAGCAAAAGAACUGUUCAAGAUCAAUCAGUUCAAUCUGGUAGCCAGUGACAUGAUGUCUCUCAAUCGAUCCUUGCCUGAUUAUCGCAUGGAUGGAUGUAAGAAGAAGUCCUAUCCCACACUAAACGAGCUUCCUAAAACUAGUGUAGUAAUUGUGUUUCACAAUGAGGCCUGGUCAACAUUGCUGAGGACUGUUUGGAGCAUAAUCAAUCGAUCUCCAUGGGAAUUGGUCGAAGAAGUUAUCCUUGUUGAUGAUGCAAGUGAGAAGGAGCAUCUUGGGAGGAAGCUAGAUGACUAUGUUGCAAAGUUGCCACUUCGUGUCCAUGUUGUUCGUUUAGAAAAACGGACAGGGCUUAUUCGAGCUCGCUUGAAAGGUGCCUCAGUGGCAAAGGGACAGGUUCUGACAUUCCUUGAUGCUCACUGUGAGUGCACAGAGGGGUGGCUACAACCAUUGCUGUCAGAAAUUCAUAAAGAUAGGAAAUCAGUGGUGUGCCCCAUCAUUGAUGUGAUUAGCGAUGACACAUUCGAAUAUAUCACAGGAUCAGACAUGACUUGGGGAGGAUUUAACUGGAAGCUAAACUUCCGCUGGUAUCCUGUGCCACAGCGUGAGCUUGAUAGAAGAAAUGGAGAUCGCGCUGUUCCCACUCGAACACCAACAAUGGCAGGAGGAUUGUUUUCUAUUGACCGUGACUACUUUUAUGAACUGGGUUCCUACGAUGAGGGAAUGGACAUUUGGGGAGGAGAGAACCUUGAGAUGUCGUUCAGGAUAUGGAUGUGUGGUGGACAGAUUCUUAUUGUGACAUGUUCUCGUGUGGGUCAUGUAUUCCGCAAAACAUCGCCAUACUCAUGGCCAGGUGGCGUUGCUCGCAUCAUAAAUCACAAUACUCAGCGAAUUGUAGAGGUGUGGAUGGAUGACUACAAGGAUUUCUUUUAUAAAAUAAAUCCAGGUGUGAAAGCAACUGAAUAUGGAGAUGUGUCAGAGAGGAAGAUUUUGCGUGAAAAACUUCAGUGCAAAAGUUUCCGCUGGUAUCUGGAAAACGUUUAUCCUGAAUCACAGUUACCAUUGGACUACCACUCCUUAGGCGAGAUUCGAAAUAAAGAGACAAAUCAGUGUGUUGAUACUAUGGGUCGUAAGAGUGGAGAGAAAGUUGGCCUUGUCAUGUGCCAUGGUCAGGGAGGCAAUCAGAUAUUUUCAUACACAAAAAAGAAAGCUUUACAGACAGAUGACCUGUGCCUAGAUGUGUCAGCUCUUGGUGGCCCUGUAAAAUUAUUUCAGUGCCAUGGGCUGGGCGGCAACCAAAAAUGGGAGUAUCACCAACAGCUACUUACUUUACGCCACGUCAAUACGGACCAGUGUCUAGGAAAGGCAUCUGUGCAUGACAAAGAAACACCUUCAUUAGGUCCAUGUACAGGUGAAGUAUCACAGCAGUGGGUCCUCAGUGACAUGAAGUGGUAACACAUUGUAGUUGCUGUGUCCAUCACACCGCCAUCACAGGAACAUUUGUACACCUUUCACCACCUUUUAUUAUCAUCAGUACCACCAACACUGCCACUAUCAACAUUCUUUCAUCAUCAUUAUCAUCAUCUUCUUCUUCAUUGUCAUAAAUGUAAUAGCUGUUGUAAAGUGCAUCAUGUACAGCAGCCUUUUGUCUUUCAAUGAUCUUUUUAUAGGUCACAUUGGUUUAUAAAUCAUGAGUUUAUAGAUCACAUGGGUUUGUAGAUUACUUGAGUCUAUAGAUAACAUGGAUGCACAUGUGCAUACACAUUAACAUUACUCUUGUCAAGUAGUAUUUGAUUUUGCAUACAAGAAUUAUUGUCUCAAUGCUGUUUAUCUCAAUACAUUGACAGUCUGGGAACUUCUAAAAGAAGAGCAUGUUUUCUUGUAUCCUGAGAGAGAUAAACAUGGCUUUAGAGGCUAAACUGAGGGCCAAAUGUUUUUAUUACAUUUUUAUUAAUCUUAGUAAAUGACUAUUCCCUUUGUAAAGUAUACAUAUCUUGGAAUGUCACAUUUCUUAUCUGCAUUUUAGCAGUUGUCAAGAACACACUUCCACAAUAUUAGGAUCACUAUUAUGGCAAUAUCUCAUUAGCAUUGAAUUCAAGCUGUAGCAUGAGCAGCAUCCUUCACUGAUGAUAGAAUUUGAGUCAUUUUGUGUGCUUCAGGAAAAAACCCACACACUUCUGAGAUAAAUUAAUGACAGCAUCAUUCUUUGUUAACUUGUCAGCCACUUUGAAAUUAAUUUCAGCUUCAACUUCCCAUUUUUGACUAUAAAAUAUCAGCUGUCACUACCUAUUUUUGCUUGAAAUGCUAGUGACUAUAAAACUUACCCCAGAUAUAAUAAUAAUAUCCUAGUCCACGAGAUAGAAAUAUGUUGUUGACUUGUUCCUUUCUUGGCUAAUCAAUGAAGUGAAAGUUUAUGUAAUUUAUCUUUUAAGAGACUUAAUUAAACUAAGCAUAUCCCUUUUAUGCAAGUUGUAUAAUAAAAAGCAGAAUAAUAUGGGAACAUGUUCUUUAAAGAAUCAUAUAAUAAUUUUGUAGGAUAUACACUCUCAAGCAGUUAAAAAGGUAGUAACAGUGUUGCUUGAGACAUUUAUGAAUACAAUAAGAUUUUGUUAUUGGUAUUUUACAUUCCAUUUGGUUACAUCAAAUGUAGAAGACGUUUGUGAACAAGUAUAUGUAGUUGUUAAGCAAAGUUCAUUUCCGAUUGCUCACAUAUGUGUGUAAGUUUGUUUUAAAAUUUCCUUAUUUAGAAGCUGUUUUAAGUCAUUUCAAAAUAUGUGUUACAUGCGCAUUUUAUAAAGCAAUGGAAUUAUGUAGUUUAAUAGAUUUUAUAUCUUUAGAUAUACCAUUUUAGAUCUCUAGUUCAAUUAGACUUUAAUUGAAAUGAACUUGUAACUACCUUAAACUUUGUUAGGUAAUCUGAUGCAACUUGACAUAUUUCAGAUGAAAAUGUGUUGGAAUCGUAUGCCUUGUCAUUUGGAGUCUAUUUCUUUCAUCAUGGAGUGUUGCCAACAGGCAAAUUGAGUUAUGAGUUACUUCCCUGCAAUUUAAUACCCACUUUGCAUGUAUGUCUUAUGUUUAAAACUUAGUUGUCUAUGCACAGAAGUGCUAUGUAAUGCACUUUUUUCCCAUUUAUUGAAUACUUUCAUUGUCACACUUUCAAAUGUGCAGUUUGGUACCUCAUCUUUCAAGGUUAUGCAAUGCUGGACAGAGUGUUAAUUGUUGUAAGUUUCAGACAUGCUUGUAUAAAUUUUGAAUGGUGAUCUAGAACCUCUGAUCCGGUCUUGUUCACUUAUUUGCAUCCCAUGUUUCAGAUUUUUUUUUCAUUGCCAUGGACAGUACUUGUGAAAUGUAUUUGUACAAAGCCAUUCUGCUUAUGUAUGUUUGUGUGUGCAUGCGCACAUGAACUUUUUUCCCUUUGUAGUGGAAUAUUGUCACAAAAUAGAGAAAUAACUUUACAUCUGUGCAGACUUCCCAGGUAUUAAAGAGAUUGGUUAUACCUAUUUUUAUUAUAUAAGGCCUGUUUGAAUGUUUAGAUCAAAGGCAGUCCUUAGUAAGCAUGUGUAUCAGCUAUGAGAAAAAAUGAUAGACAUUAUUAUAUUCAAUUUAAUUAUUAUCAUUAUUUAAUGAUCUGGAUCUAAACAGCAUAUACGAGUUCUGAUUAUAAUGUAUUGGCAUUCAUAAGAAAGAAGUAAAAUUCAACUUUGAAACCUUCACACUACUUGUUUACCUCUUAAAAAUCCUGUUAAGACAGGCAGUUUUGUUUCACAUAUUUUUGUGUAAAACAUAUUCCCUCAUUUUUUUAAGAGGAUAAAAUCCUCAUUAACAGUCAUUUAUCUCAUUUGCAUGCAUGUAUGCUUACUACACACUCAUGCAUGCACACACCUUGGACUUCAUUAAUCAAAAUGAGCUUGCUUGUUGUUAGAUUUUCAUUUUUGGGGGGGGAGGCUUGGGGAAUUAUUAGCCAUCUUUCAAAUAACAUAAUGUUGCAUUUAUUAAAAAUGCCAUAUGGUGCUGUGUAUUAACAAAUCUGACUAUUUUAUAUAGGUUGAUAACCUUAUUAACAGAAACUGUACAGAAAUUGUGUAGUGAUGAAGGUAAAGAAUCACUGAUUGAUCACGUUUAUUUCGGAAUUACAAGAAUGAAAUGUUCUACUGUUUUCAGAUGUUUUCCUGUAUUUGUUUUCUACCUAAUUGUGUCUGUCUUUAAAUCUUUUUUUGUUUGCCAUCAUUCCCUUUCCAAAGUCUGUAUUUGCUUUUGCCUGUAUGUUUUCUUCCAUCUUUUAUCCAAAUUAUAAUUUAUUAUUUAUUGAGAUGAGGCAAGGAUUUUGACUUUGUUGCUACUUUGUUUUGUUAAUCUGCACAUUAUUCAGGCUUUUUAUGUAGAAUUUUAUUCAAAUGUCUUAUUAAUCAAAGAUUAUAAACAAAUACAAACCAAGAAAAAUGUUCAUUUGCUGCCUCUGUUUUAAUGUUAGGCAGUGAAAAGCUGUUACAAUCAAUUUUUUCAUAGCUUUUCAUACAGCAUUCUCCCAACAUGAAGUUUUAAUUUGUCAUGGGAUUAAAUCUUUGAAUACUUGGAAUGCAGGUCAUACUGGCCAUUUGAAAACUUAACAUCUUUACCAUAUGUUAAACUAGACAGAAUAAUGAUUGCAUGCAAUUUAUUUAGGGAUUGUAAAUUGUUUCAUCAUGAUUUAAUGAUCCAAGGCUUCUGAAACACAGAUGCAUGAUGAGAAUGUGCAUACCUGAGAUACAGCCAUGAUUAUACAUACAUUCAAUCAUUCAGAUUCUUCCUACCGAACUCCUCACCCUCUCCUGUUAAAAAUAUUAUGCUUAGAUAAUAAAAAUUAGUUACUUUUGCAAUUUCAUUGUAUAUCAAUAACAUUUCGCUGUUUUGGUUGGUGUGAUUUACUGCAACUUAUGAACUUCGACUUUCAUCUGUUUGGCAGUCUACUUUGCUUUCUGUGAUGAUCCUAUGAAAAUGCAGAGAUGUGCAGGGACGAAGUAUGAUUUCAAGGGAAAUUCCUUGAAAGUUUUGAGUUUUGUGUUUCUUGAUUUGCCCAAAGAUUCAGUGAAUGAUGUUUGAAAACCUUUUUUUUAUAUACCUGUAGACAUUUUUGCUUGGAAAAUACUUGAUGCAUUGUCUUCGUGCUUGGUAACUAUUAGGUACAAAACUUUGCUUGUACAGCACAUUAUGCUCCAUGUGUUGAUGUUUCUUAAUGAAAAAGGCAGCCAUUUACACUUUUGUCAGUCUUGAACUCAGACAGCACACUGGUGAUUUUCAGAAAAGUUUUCAUUAUUUUGCAGCAGGUUCUUGUAGGUAGGAUUAGCACCAACCUAAAGAUCCAGCUAGCAUUAAACAAUAAUUUUUUUUUUUAGGAUUUUAUUUUUGAGUCUUGAUUACUGUUUUUACCUUGAUUGUGUGCCAUUAUUACAAAGCAGCUUCUUCUUUAAUGCCACUGAACUUUGAAAAAAAUAUAACAUUAGCAGUCCUGAAAAAGGUAAAGUUAUUUAUCAUUUUCUGCUUGUGAAGAGGCACAGAUUCACCUCUAAAUAUGAUAUGCCUAUUUAUGUCCAUUAUAUUUGUUAAAAUUACUUAUAUUAAAGCAUAACCAUUAAGAACCACAUUAAAAAAAAACGAAGGUAGGAGAGUCUAUAGAUUUUCCUGUCAUCCACUAAAAUGGUUGUCUAUACAGCCAGAAGAGACAGCAAGUUAUUGGCUUGUCUUUGGGAAGAGUCUGAAGAAGAUAUGGGUUAUUUUUUAAGUGUAGUAAGUAUUUUGCUGCCUUUAUCAUAUUUUCUUUUUCACAGACUUACAAAUGAUUACUUAUUCUCAUUAUCAUGCUUUUCUCAUGAACGAUACUACAAUAUUGGUGAAUUUGUUGAAUGCAGGACUAUUUCAUGCUUAUACAUGUAUUCAAAUUGGCGAGAAGACUUCUCUUGCUCAGAUAUUUUCUCUAAUCAUUUUUCUCAUUUUCCUGUUUUAUUCUCAUUCUUUUUUUAUGGGGAAGGGGGAGGAGGGGUUAUUUAGGAAUAUAUUUCUGUCGUAAAGCUGGAUGCUCAAUAAAGAUGGACAUUUGACCACAAAAGUCAUUAGGGUUAAGUUGGGUAUAAGAAGUUAAGAUUUAUUUCCAGCUGUAAGCAACAAUGGCUGAAAUAGAGACUUUUCAUUUGGUAAAAAAAAAAGGCCUGUUGCAAAACGGUAAUCUGUCUAUGCAUAAAUCUUUCAAACAACCACUGAAAUUGUAUGUCCUUUUAAGAUAUGUUUCUAGUUUCUUUUGAUUGCUUUUGUGGUUCAGUAUGGAUGUGGAGAGGUACUUGGGGAAUGUUGGAUAGGCUUUGUGUGUGUAUGUGUUUUAGAAAAAAGUUAAUCAAAACCUUUGAAAGAGUAAACAAUUUUCAAACUUUU